AUGUCGAGGUACCACAAGGCAGCGAUUGAUGGAUACUUGGACCUCUUGAAGGAGGCCACGAAGAACGACCUGAACAAGGCGGAUGAGGAUGGCAUGACUCCCACCAUACUGGCUGCUUUCCACGGACAUGUUGAUGCUCUUCAGCUCAUAUGCAGCAGAGAAGGAGACCCCAACAGGAGCGACAUCUGGGGAAACACGCCGUUGCAUCAUGCUGCAGCCAACGGCCACAUGCACAUCAUCAGUUUUCUGGUCAACUUCGGUGCCAACAUCUUUGCACUGGACAAUGACUUACACACGGCCAUGGACGUAGCUGCUUCUCGCGACCACAUGGCCUGCGUGCGCUUCCUCGAUGCUGCAGCGUCGCAGCAGACCAACCAAAACUCCAGGAGGGUGGCCAACCUGAAGAGGGAGGCCGUCAAAGAAGCAGAGAAACGUGUGAAACUCUGUGAAAAGGUGAAGAAGAAACACCAGAGCAGGAUGGAUAAAAUUCAGCAGAGAGCAAACGUUUCUGGGUCUGUUUCGGAAGCCAGCGUAGCAUCAGCUUUCUCAAAUGGCGGUACCAUGACCAGCGUCAAUGAGCAGUUCUCCAAGCUCAUCGCUGCUGAUAAAUCUGGCUCGCUCACGGCCAGGCUUAAAGGCUCACUCCAGAAGAAGCUCGGGAGGAAAGACAAAGGUACACUGCAGAAAUCGGGAAGUGAUGGGAAUGUUAUUUUCCUCAAACAGGACAGUGGAGCAUCUGAGAAGCCAGAGUUCCUGGAUGUCUUCAAUGAGCAGGAUGAGAUAGAUGGCGCAGGAAUGGCAGGCUUCGAACACGAUAACGAUGAUGAAGAACCAGGUCAGGUCAAACAGUCCAUCUUCAACCGGCCCGGCCUUGGAGGCCUUAUUUUCAUGAAGAAGAUGGGACUGGAGUCAGAGGACAUCCCCAGUGGGAACAACGAAAGUCUCGGCUACGCGGUUCAGAACGAGCAGUUUGAGGAUGCCUCUGGCUUCGUGGGGAGUGCUGAUCUGCCCUGGGACCAGGAAGAUCUGGGCCUGGACGAUGAUGAAGAUGAGGAAACCUCUCCUUUAGAUGUGUUCUUGUCUGCCAUCUCCUUGCCAGAGCUUUCCCUUGCAUUCAGCAGAGAGCAGCUGGACAUGGACGUGCUAAUGCUUUGCUCUGAUGAAGACCUGAAAGGCAUUCGCGUCCAACUGGGACCCAGGAAGAAGAUCUUGGAAGCUGUUGCUCGCAGAAAGAACGCGCUGGAGUCCCCCGGCAUCAUGAAGGACAGCUGCUUGUGA